AUGGUGAUUGCUACGAAAAAACCAGAUAUUGACUUGCCAAGGGUUAUCCGCGGCGCAAGAUCAUCCUCUUCCUUCUCAGCAUCGGCAGAGAAUCAAGGCCGUGAGAUAUAUGAGAGGCUCGGAAAGGCUGUUGGAACAGGGGCCAAGGGUACGGUCGGCCUCUGGCGGUGCAAGUUGGGGGGCCAGCUGGUGGCUGUAAAGAUUUUUCACAACCCUUUGCCUUUUGAGGCUAAGUCUCGUUAUGACAAGGAAGUUCUUGCGGAGUAUAACAUAGGGAAAACCCUCAACCAUGGCAACAUUGUUGGUGUUCUUGAGCUCUUACAGGUUCAAGGUCGAUGGUUGCAAGUGAUGGAAUAUGUGCCCUUCGACCUCUUUGCCACGGUUGCGAGCAGAACCAUGUCAUUGGAAGAAAACAGCUGCAUCUUUCGACAAAUUGUCGCAGGGAUUGAGUACAUGCAUGCCAAGGGGGUCGCUCACCGUGACAUCAAACUCGACAACUUCCGCCUGGAUCAGCAUGGCAUUGUUAAAAUCAUCGACUUUGGCACUGCAGUGCACUGGAAGAGUCACGUCCUCCGAUGCGUGGAUGGCCGGGAGGUCAUCGGCAGCGAUCCAUAUAUUGCCCCUGAGGUAUUCUCCCCGUCCAUCGUUUCCUACGAUGCAAAAGCAUUGGACGUCUGGUCCAUAGCCAUUAUUUUCUGUACAAUGCUUAGGGGUCGUUUCCCAUGGGCUGUAGCACGACCAGAAAACACUGCUUUCGGAUGGUUCUGCCAAAGAUUACUGGAAAAAGCACCAAUGAAGCAACCGAGUGAUGAGUCGCAGAUCAAUCAGACUACGUUUGUCAGGAACGACGGCGAGGUGGCAUCUGACAGCACAGAUAACAACAAGGUGUUGAAACAUGCGUCAGAGGUCUCGAACUUCUCCCGAGUAGUUGUCCAACAGCCUGAACAUUGGAGUUAUCUUCCAGCCAGAUGCCAUAAUGUUAUAGGAGGAAUGCUGGAGAUCAGCCCAAGUCACCGUUUCAAGAUUCAGAUGGUGCUACAAGACUCGUGGGUGCAGGAGAUACCAUUCUGCUAUGAAAGAGAAAGUGGAAAACCCGUUGUCUCGGGACAGCACGAGCACCACUUGCGCGAGUAG